GUGAGCCAAGAUCGUGUCAUUGCACUCCAGCCUGGGCAACUAGAGCGAAACUCCAUCUAAAAAAAAAAAAGAAAAGAAACCUAUGGAUGAACUGUCUGCUCCUCCCUGAGACCAGCCCCUUCAGUGGGCCUUAGAUCCCAUUCCCUCUUGUCCACUCAAAGGAUACGGCUCCAGCAAACACCUCCCUCACCCACUCACCCACACAUUGAUGCCCUUCACUCACAUAUAGACCAGUCCCAUAUUCACCCACUCCCCACACAUAUAGACCAGCCCCACAGGAUACAAAGCAGUAGUCCCCUCCUAUCUGCAGGGGACAAGUUCCAAGACCCCCAGUGGAUAUUUGAAAUUGGAAAGCACUGAGCCCUAGAUAUACUAUGUUUUUUCCUAUUCAUACAUACCUAUGAUAAAGUUUAAUUUAUAAUUUAGCACGUUAGGAGAUUAACAGCAGUAAGAAAGAACAAUUAUAACAAUAUACUGUAAUAAAAGUUAUGUAAAUGUGGUUCUCAACGUCUUAUUGUACCCAUCCUUGUGAUGAUGUGAGAUGGUACAAUGCCUUUGUGAUGAGAUGAAGUGAGGUGAGUGGCAUGGGCAUUGGGGCACAGUGUUAGGCUACUACAGACUUUUGAAGAUACAUCAGUAGGAGGAUCAUCUGCUUCAGGUGAUCAUGGACCACUGAGCCAUGACAAUGUAGAUGGUUUAUGUCAGGGGCUAUGUGUGUGCCUCGCCUCCUUUCCUGGUACUUCCUCAUCUCUCCAGCUCUAAACAUGGAAUGCCCAGGGCUCAGGCCUUUGAAGGUUUCUCUUGUCCGUCUACCCUCCUUCCCUCAGCAAUCUCAUCCAGAAUCAUGGCUUUAAACUUUCUUUUUUUCUUUUUUUUUUUUUUUUUUUGAGACAGAGUCUCGCUCUAUUGCCCGGGCUGGAGUGCAGUAGUGCGAUCUCGGCUCACUGCAAACUCCGCCUCCUGGGUUCACGCCAUUCUCCCGCCUCAGCCUCGUAGCUGGGACUACAGGCGCCUGCCACCACACCCAGCCAAUUUUUUUGUAUUUUUAGUAGAGACGGGGUUUCACUACGUUGGCCAGGCUGGUCUUGAACUCCUGACCUCGUGAUCUGCCCGCCUUGGCCUCCCAAAGUGCUGGGAUUAUAGGCAUGAGCCACCGCGCUCGGCUGGCUUUAAACUUCCUAUGUCUAGUGAGCUGUGAUUGCACCACUGCACUCCAGCCUGGGUGACAAAGCAAGAUCCUAUCUCAAAUAAAAGGAGAAAGAGAACGGGGAGGUGGACAGCUCACUGCAGCCUCGACCUCCCAGACUCAACAAUCCUCCCAUGUCAGCCCCCCGAGUAGCUGGGAUUAUGGCUAAUUAAAAAAAAAAAAAUUAGAGGCAAGGUCUCACUUUGUUCCCCAGACUGGCCUUGAACUCUUGGGAUCAAGAGGUCCUCCCACCUCAGCCUCCCAAAGUGCUGAGAUUAUAGACAUGAGCCACCACACCAUGCAUCUCUUUCUCCCUUUAAGAGGUCCAGUUACCUCUUUGAAAAUUAGAAUGGAACUCAGCUCUUUCCCCUACUGUUAGUAGUUACUAAAUAAAAUCUGUCUUCACUGCUUUAACUGGUGUCUGGCUUUUUAAUUUUUAAUUUUUUUUUUUUUUUAGAGAUGGAGUCUAACUCUAUCACCCUGUCUGCAAUGCAGUGGUGUGGUUAUUGCUCACUGCAACCUCGACCUCCCAAGUUCAAGUGAUCCUCUUGCCUCAGCUUCCCGAGUAGCUGGGACUACAGGCACACACCACCAUGUCCGGGUCAAGUGGCCAAUGGGCUCAUCCCCGGAGGCCUCGAAGAGCGGAAAUUGGCCCUGGAGCAUGUGGGUCCUGGGGCGUGGAUUGAGCCCCGUCUUCUCCGGCGGCCCCGUGGAGCUGGGCCAGUGGGGCGAGGACUCGCGCCCAGGUAAUUAACCAGAACAGGAUCGACACACGUGUUCUCUACAGCCUUUCCAUGGAUACUUUCCGACCAUCGUUCAGGGGCCAGUCUCCUGUCCACCCAUCCCAAUGCCAGGCUGUACGGAUGCCAGGCUGUUGGCCACAAGCUUCUAAACCUUUGGACCCAGCUCUGGGCAGGGGAGCACCUGCAGGCAGAGGCCAUGUAUUUGGAAAGCCAGAGGAACCAAGCACACAGAGGGGGCCAGCACAAAGGGAGUCUGUGGGUUUGGUCUCCAUGUUCCGAGGCCUGGGCAUUGAAACAGUUUCUAAGACCCCUCUGAAACGGGAAAUGCUUCCAUCAGGUAGAGGCAUUUUAGGUCGAGGCUUGUCUGCUAAUCUGGUACGCAAGGACAGGGAGGAACUCUCUCCCACUUUUUGGGAUCCAAAAGUGUUGGCAGCUGGGGACAGCAAGAUGGCAGACGCCUCCGUUGGUUGGAGUAGGAUGCUUGGAAGAGGGAUUUCGGAUGCUUCUUUAUUACCAGUGGGAAGAGCAGCAGGUGGUAUCGGCAGAGGAGUGGACAAGCCUCCCUGUGCCUUCAGCACACCUUCCCGGGGUCCCCCGCAGCUGUCAUCACCACCGGCUCUGCCCCAGUCUCCCCUGCACUCUCCAGAUCGCCCUUUGGUUCUGACUGUGGAACACAAGGAAAAAGAGUUUAUUGUGAAGCAAGGAUCAAAAGGAACACCUCAGUCUUUGGGACUGAACCUUGUCAAAAUACAAUGUCAUAAUGAAGCAGUUUAUCAAUAUCAUGUGACUUUCAGCCCCAGUGUGGAGUGCAAAAGCAUGAGGUUCAGCAUGUUGAAGGACCAUCAAGCUGUCACCGGCAACGUCACUGCGUUUGAUGGAUCUAUUCUCUAUCUCCCUGUUAAGCUUCAACAAGUUCUUGAGUUAAAAAGUCAAAGGAAAACAGACAGUGCUGAAAUCAGCAUUAAGAUUCAGAUGACAAAAAUCUUGGAGCCCUGCUCUGACCUGUGCAUUCCCUUCUACAAUGUUGUUUUCCGUCGGGUAAUGAAACUUUUAGAUAUGAAGCUUGUGGGGAGAAACUUUUAUGACCCUACAAGUGCUAUGGUACUACAGCAACACAGAUUGCAGAUCUGGCCGGGCUAUGCAGCUAGCAUCCGAAGGACAGAUGGAGGGCUCUUCCUGCUAGCUGAUGUCUCCCAUAAGGUCAUUCGGAAUGACUCUGUGCUGGAUGUCAUGCAUGCCAUUUAUCAGCAGAAUAAAGAACACUUCCAGGAUGAGUGUACUAAGCUUCUGGUUGGCAAUAUUGUUAUCACCCGAUAUAACAAUCGUACCUAUCGUAUUGAUGAUGUGGAUUGGAAUAAGACUCCAAAGGAUAGCUUCACGAUGUCUGAUGGGAAAGAGAUCACAUUCUUGGAAUACUACAGCAAAAAUUACGGGAUCACAAUUAAGGAAGAGGACCAGCCACUGCUGAUUCACAGGCCCAGUGAGAGACAGAAUAAUCAUGGGAUGCUGCUAAAAGGGGAAAUCCUGCUGCUGCCCGAGCUUUCUUUUAUGACCGGAAUCCCAGAGAAGAUGAAGAAGGACUUCAGAGCCAUGAAGGAUUUGGCCCAGCAAAUCAAUCUGAGCCCCAAGCAACACCAUAGUGCUUUGGAAUGCUUGCUGCAGAGAAUUGCAAAGAACGAGGCAGCCACCAAUGAACUGAUGCGUUGGGGGCUUCGUCUGCAAAAGGAUGUACAUAAGAUUGAAGGACGUGUUCUACCAAUGGAAAGAAUUAACUUAAAAAAUACUUCGUUUAUCACAUCUCAGGAACUAAACUGGGUUAAGGAAGUAACCAGAGACCCGUCCAUCUUGACUAUCCCCAUGCAUUUCUGGGCACUUUUUUACCCAAAGAGAGCAAUGGAUCAGGCACGAGAACUGGUCAACAUGUUGGAGAAGAUAUCUGGCCCUAUUGGCAUGCGUAUGAGCCCACCGGCCUGGGUUGAACUAAAGGAUGACCGAAUAGAGACCUAUGUCAGAACCAUUCAAUCCACGUUAGGAGCUGAGGGGAAGAUACAGAUGGUUGUUUGCAUCAUCAUGGGCACACGUGAUGAUCUCUAUGGGGCCAUCAAGAAGCUGUGCUGUGUGCAGUCCCCAGUGCCCUCCCAGGUUAUCAAUGUUCGAACCAUUGGUCAGCCCACCAGGCUUCGGAGUGUGGCCCAGAAGAUUUUACUUCAGAUUAACUGUAAAUUGGGUGGUGAGCUCUGGGGAGUGGAUAUUCCUCUGAAACAGUUAAUGGUGAUCGGGAUGGAUGUUUACCAUGACCCCAGUAGAGGCAUGCGCUCCGUGGUUGGCUUCGUGGCAAGCAUCAAUCUCACCCUCACAAAAUGGUAUUCCCGGGUGGUGUUCCAGAUGCCGCAUCAGGAGAUUGUGGACAGCCUGAAGCUAUGCCUCGUGGGCUCCUUAAAAAAGUUUUAUGAGGUGAACCACUGUCUGCCAGAGAAGAUUGUGGUGUACCGUGAUGGAGUGUCUGAUGGCCAACUGAAGACAGUUGCCAACUAUGAGAUUCCUCAACUACAGAAGUGUUUUGAAGCUUUUGAGAAUUAUCAGCCCAAGAUGGUGGUGUUUGUAGUUCAGAAGAAAAUCAGUACUAAUCUAUAUCUGGCUGCUCCUCAGAACUUUGUGACUCCCACUCCUGGAACUGUGGUAGAUCAUACAAUAACAAGCUGUGAGUGGGUGGAUUUCUAUCUUCUUGCCCAUCACGUACGGCAGGGCUGUGGCAUUCCUACGCAUUAUGUCUGUGUUCUCAACACCGCAAAUCUGAGCCCUGAUCAUAUGCAGAGGCUGACUUUCAAACUGUGCCACAUGUACUGGAAUUGGCCUGGCACCAUCAGAGUUCCAGCUCCUUGCAAGUAUGCCCACAAGCUAGCUUUCCUGUCAGGACACAUCUUGCACCAUGAACCAGCCAUCCAGCUGUGCGAGAACCUGUUCUUCCUGUGACUGCACAGUUUGGAGGUGAGCUGGUGAGAAGAAAGGUAGCCUCUGAACUCAGCUGUGACUCUUGCAGAAUCAACAGAGACUGAAGUGGGCUUUUGUGUUACCAUUUUCCCUUUCUCUAACCCUGUAGAAUAAGAUUUCUUUUUUGUCUUUUAAACCUAAUAUCACCAAGAAGCAAGUUUCUGAAUAACAGCUGAAAAUGGCCUUGUUGCCUGUGUAGAGCGAGUUACGGUGGUACUGCCACUCUGCAGGUGGAGCGGGUGACUCUGGGGGACCAUUAAGCCCUCCAGGCCGGGUGUGGUGGUUCACGCCUGUAAUCCAAGCACUUUGGGAGGCCGAGGCGGGUGGAUCAUGAGGUCAGGAGAUCAAGACCAUCCUGGCCAACAUGGUGAAAACCCAUCUCUACUAAAAUACAAAAAAAUUAGCCAGGCAUGGUGGUGCAUGCCUGUAGUCCCAGCUACUCAGGAGGCUGAGGCAGGAGAAUUGCUUGAACCCGGGAGGUGGAGGUUGCAGUGAACCGAGAUCGCGCCACUGCACUCCAGCCUGGUGACAAAGCAAGACUCUGUCUCAAAAAAAAAAAAAAAAAAAGCCAACAUGAGCUGCAGAAACCAGCAGAAGCAGCCAUUAUACUUCUAAGCUGUGCCAACUAAGUGGUUCCCAUUUCUGGAGCCAGAGAUGAUAAUUAAGUCAUUGCAAGUUUCCUGAAGAGAAUUACUCAGGCAACUGGGAAAGGCAGUGGAAGGUCUGUGAAGCAAAGUUUUCAAGUAGAUAUUGCUAUUACUGACAGGUGUGCAAGGCAUGUAGUAAAAUCAGUUUGUGGCAUAGGUAGGCCCUUGUUGACUAAAUCCUCUCAGGGGAUUGAAUUGAUGACGCCUGUGACUUGAGUUGGAUUCGAAAAUGGCUUCCCUUGGCCUCUUGAAAGAGUGCAGAUGAAGCCUUUUCCGUGGCUUUCAGUAACUUUCCAGCACACCAUGUCGAUUUCUUCCCCAAAUAUACACAUGCUCUUUUGCUCUUUGUGCCUGAUCUUCAGUAAUUUUUAGUUUUUUAGCAGGCGGAAAAAAUUUAGCAGCUAGGAAAGUUCAAGUUGGGGUGGGAGUUUUUAGUGAGCUUUUCUCCCAGGUGUGUGGCCUUUAUUUCUAUUUAUAUAUGUUUGUAAAUGGAAUUACCCCCUUUCUCUUGCAAAAUAACCUCUUCCUGGCUGUUGGCUCACUUUGCUGGAAUUUUUCUGAAUCCAGGUUAAGAUUUCCAGAAGUCAGCUUUGGAAAACGUGACACUCCUACCAAAGUCCAGACGGUUUAGAAAGUUAUCACAUACCAUGGGUUUCAGUGUUUUUGGAAACCCGUUUUUUUCUGGUUUUUUUUCCCCCCCUCUCCAUUUUAGAAUCUUCUCUCAGUCCCUUGGGGCUAGUUCUGUCUCAUCUUGCUUUAUUGGGUUUUAAAAGCCGGUCUUAUUUAAGCUUUUCUAAUUUGUAUUUAUGUACUUAUUUAUUUUUUGGUAUGAUGGCAGGGAGGGGACAAAGCAGAAAUACCGCUUUUAUAUGACAAUGUGUGAGAAAAGAAACUUUAGCUUAAAACUCCUUAAAAUGUGCUCACUUCAGCAGCACAUGUACUAAAAUUGAAAUGAUACAGAGAAGAUUAGCAUAUAGAAAAAAAGAAAAAAGAUUUCCUUAAAACAAGAAAACCAAGAAUGUUUUUGGUUUGUUGUGGUGCCCAGCAGAGGCUGAGGAGGGAUGGGUAUUGUUGGUGCACUUCUGGUUUCAUUUGGAGUGUGGGACAUUAGGGUGAGACAAGGACCUGGAAUUUAAAAACCACAGAAUCAAACACUGUGAACCACUGGUCUCUGGCUAAACAGAUCAGUUUUCUGAUUUUCUUUGGAAGCGUUUUGAAUUUUUCUGUUGAUGUUGGAUUUCCUAAUACUCUUUUUCUCUUAGAUAAUCAGAACAAAUGGUUGAAUAUAUUAUAAUACAAAAAUUUCUUCACUUUUUGUUCUUGGUUUGCUUGCCUCGUUUUUCGGUUUUAAUGCCAAAUGAUUGGGUCAUGGGGUGGGAAAUAAAAACAACUUUGUAUAAA